AUGGCAGAGUCCAGCACUGCAUUCACCCAGUUCAGAGUCAACUCUGAUCCGGCUCUGUCAUCGGAGGAUGAGGAGUAUGUGUCGAGUGCGAGCACCGCUUCAGCUGGCUCUGGAGUUCGGUCGAAGAAACAAGCGAAUAACGUCCAAGGCGAGAUCAUGACGGCCUACGAGCCCAUUCGCAACCUUUCCUUGACCGACAACCCAUCUGUCUCGCCAGAUGCAGGCGCCGCAACAUCAGAGUCGAAGCGUGUAGACCCAGGGAAAGCAUCGAUACCCACCAGGAGACCCCUUCACCUCCUCGACCUUCCCAUGGACAUACUGCAGGAGAUCAUCAAAGAGGUGACUCAUACAAACGACCUGACCUCAUUGGCAUUGACAUGUUCGGCGCUUCAUGCGCUCGCUAUUCCUCAGAUGUACUCCCGCUUCGAUAUCGUAUGGCCCGACACGCUCUCAUCCUCUGACCACCCCGCGGGGGUCGAUGCCCUCUCCUACGGUUUGGCCACCUUGGUGAUGGGGCAAGACGUCUUCCACCAGCUACCCCCAUCGCAACGUCCAUCGCAACCCUGUCCAACCUGCGGUUGCAGCGAACGCGAUCGCCACGACACAACACCAACACCGGAUGCCCUACGGAAAGCACGGCGCGGGAAUUACUACGCGCAGUACACGCGUAAGUUCUCCGUCGGCAAUGGUCCGUUAGUCUGGGUGCAGGAAUACGCGGUGACCAAGGAGACGGGCAAAAUGCUGGGAACGCUGGUGGCAUUGGCCGUGGCUCGAAUGAUCAACCUGGAAGCGUUCAUCUGGGACAUGCCGACCGGUGUGUUGCGAGAUGUGUGGAUUGCGCUGGCUUCGUUGGCAGAUCGGCCCGGACAUGAUUGUCGUCUGGAGCGCGUCUGGGUGCGGUGGCAUGAUAACUCGGACAAUGCGAUGCGCCCCCUCCCCACUUCAUCAUCCAUAGCGCUCCCACAGACACAAACCGCGUACACAAGUGGAUCUCCGCUGAUGCAGCGGUAUGCGCAUGUAGAAUACCCCUCCAUGUCCAUAUUACCCCCAUUGAAGAGCCUGAGCGUGCUGGACAUCGACGAAGUGGCGUAUCUGGAAGAAACGGCCGUGCUCAUCGACAAGUCCUGGGACAAGCUGAAAGAGCUACGCAUCGGCAUUUCCACCAAGAUCUAUCAGCUGGACUGGUUGAAACCUGCGGGGGGCUGGUCCCUUGCGCAGGACUUGCCCUAUGUCUGGAUAUCUGGCUGGCCCAAGGCUGGUGGCGUGCUUGGAGUGUUAUUCAGCGGGUCCGGCCUGAAGAACGAGCCUCAAGGAGCAGGCGGAUGCUCUAUGAAAGGUGAUUGUGCGCAGGCAGAGCCGAGCCGCGAAUCGGCCACACCGACUGGACCUACUACGGGAGGUAGCGGCAACAGUUCGACCGAGCCUUCAUCAUCGGAAAGUCCCCACGCGGCGCCUUCAAGCCAAGCGGGGCUUGUUGGCGCUGAGAUGGGCAACCGGUCAUCUACAGAGGCAGUGAAUCCGUCACCGGAACAGAAGAACAGUACUGAGGCUCCUGGUAGUCCUGUGAAAACCGAUGGGCCAACUGUGGAAGGACCAGCGAGCCCUGGCCGCGGCCCUUUGAAACUCGAAACGUUGGAAUUAGAACGGGUGGCUUUGUCCAUUCCUGUCAUGACCCAGAUGCUUGAUUGGUCGAGAAUAACGAGUCUGACAAUCUUGCGUUGUGAAGGACACGAAAAGCUUUGGCGGGCUCUUCGACGUCAAUUCACACCGUCCCCUGCGCCUCGCUCGGGCUCCAAGUCUGGAAAGAAAGACACCAGCAGCCCGAUGAGUUCUUCGCCCGAGUACACGUUGAGGAUUAAACAUCUCCACACCGAUGCUGUCUCUCCAUAUCUCUUGCUCUUCAUCAAGGACGCGCUUGCGCCAAAUACGUUGGAGACUGUGUUCCUGCACGACGCUUCCAUGUACGACUCGAUCGUGCAUGUAGAUGCGAUCUACCGAAAUGUCAUGCGCAACCACCGGUCAAGCUUACGAAAGAUCUUGAUCGACAGUACCGAGCGCUCGCCAAGCGGCAUCGAGAUCGCGAGUAGCCGUUGGCGUAAGUGGAUGUUCACGCGCGAGAUGAUCUCGUUCGUCACCAGCGGACGCAUGCCUCGGCUGCGCGAGAUAUCCAUGACGAUCCGGUCCAAGGACUGGCAUUAUUUCAUCCAACGACUCCCCAACGUACCUCACCUCCGUGCGCUGCACAUUUCUCAUAUCGCGGACGCCGUCCACCGCGAUGCCAAGGAACUAGCUCUACAGAUCUUGGACAUCGUAACCAUUCGGCCCGACAUUGGCCUGACAUACGUUGGCAUGCAGGAUAAAUGCUACGAGAUCAUUGAGGGCAAAAGAUGCGACAAAGACGACUUCGACGACGUGUAUGUCCCCGGCGGAAGCGAGGAUUGGCCCGCCUCCGACGACGACACCGAGGACGAGAACGACGACGAUGCGGCGGCUAGUGUGGUCGACUCGAACUCGGAGCUGUCUUCUGACCGCGGGUCGCUAUCUGACGACGAGUCCGAUGCGGAGAGUCGUCGAUCGCGUGUGACGUUCCGGUUGCGCGAGAUCCUGUUCUACGACGAUAAGAUUGCUAUCUUCAAGGCACGACACGGCAUUUUGUAA